CUGGGUUCAAUCAAAGCCGAGAAACGACCUCGGGAAGGGAUUCUGGCCGAGUGAGCACCGCAGUUAUGUCACAGCCAGCCCCUGUGAAAAAGAAGCGUCCUCCAGUGAAGGAAGAAGACCUCAAAGGAGCCAGAGGAAACCUUUCCAAAAACCAGGAAAUUAAAUCCAAAACCUACCAAGUAAUGAAGCAGUGUGAACAAAUGGGCUCUGCAGCACCCUCCAUAUUCAGCCGGGCUCGGACCGGGGAUGAAACAGUCUUUGAGAAGCCGAAAGAGGAACCAGCCAAAAGUGUCUUUGGCUGACAGCACAGCUGGAUGUGUCUCACCCAGAUGGUGGUUGUAGUAUUUUCCCAAAUUUCUGCACCUUACACUAAAGUCACUGUAGAUCCUAAGUAGUUAAUUUCCACUGUAAGUCAUUAAGUGGGGAAUAGACUCAUGUCAAAGGGUACAACUUCUGUGUUAAUUUCUACUAUGUGCUUUUUUUCUAAGUCUGGAAUGGUGUUUGUUAUAAUGGUUUAAUAAAAAAAAAGUUUGUUGGACACAGCUUGGCACAUGAUGGUGACUAAUUUCAGUUUAGGCUUAGAUUAAUCCUGUGGACACUUGGGCAUUACAUGCUGUGAUCUGGU